GACCCCCCGCCGUUGCGCUUGGGUGUUCCGGUGCGGAGCCGCCAGAAGGCCUCUCCUCUCGGCGCCGGGCCGCGGGGUUACGCCGCCUGUACCGUCACCCCCUGGGCAGCAUUCCCGGCGCCUGCAGAAAGCGAAACCUGAAGCGAGAGGCUUUGCCCCUCUUGGUGCCCUCGGGACAGGCGGUGUGUGGUCGCAGUCGGGCGGGAUUCCGUUAACUGGAGCUGAAGGUUGGCCGUGAGCCACCAGAGCGGUCAGGAGACGUGUUUGCUUGGAGGAACGUCAGUUAGGAGUAAGACUCCCUCCCGGUAUAGUUUUUGGUUAAAACGGCAAAGAGGAUAAAGGGGUGACGCGCAGGAUGGGUUGGCCUUGUGUUGAGAUGUUUGACUAAGAUAUAGGAGAGCCAAUAAAAGUCCCUUGCAAAUAAUUUUCCAUGGAUAUUUUUCCAAUUACUUUUUUCCUCCUUUUUCUUGUAAAAGAUGUGCAUAGAUUUGGCAAUUGAAACCGUAGGAAUUGAAAAUCUGGUAACUAAUCCAUAAUUUUAAAUUGUUUUUACAGAUAAGUGAUCUUAUGCAGUUUCUCCAGGACUGUUUCCAAUGGUAGAGUUUCAUCAGAUCCCUUACUUUGAGUUGGCAUUUCACAUCUAUUUAUAAGACAUUAGCAAAAAUGAAUAAUAAAAUAAGCUAUUUGUUAAAUACUGUUAGAUGCAUGCAUAGGUGCAAUUAUGUACUCAUUCCUAAGUCUUCAGCCACAACAAGAAACCGCAUUUUAUGGAUUGGCAGAUACAGGGAUCCCCUGGAAAAUGUCAACUUCAGGAAAUUAUUUUUAAAUAUUUUUACUUCUCCGUGUGGAUCAUCUCUUCGAUUUCUGUCUCAAAAGACAGAUGUUUUUAGCACAGGUGCUAAAAUAGAACCAGAGAAGGGUGCGGAGGCUUUGGUGAGUGAGCAGGCUCCCCAAAGCUCCUUCGAACUUGAAAAGUUGGAUGAUUCUGGGAGCUCCAAAGUGAAGCCUGUAACGGAUCGUGACGAACUGUUCUUUAAUAGUCUCCGGAAGUGUACCUGUCCUUGCGAUGCACUGGACUUGGCUUCGGAGUCUGCAGUUUCCAUUAAGCAUUUCACAAACUGUUUAACUAUGGCAUGGAGGCUCUUCAAAAACCUGUCUGAAGACCAGCAGCGUUACGAGAAGCAGCUGAUCUUUGAGCACCCAAUGUUUGCCAAGAUUUGUCAGCAGCUGCUGCGGGAUGCCAGAAGGAUGUCGCGGGGUGACCUGGUGUUCAGUCUGCAUGCUCUGUUGAACCUAGGUGUUCCUCAGAACACUCUCCUAGUCCAGACUUUGCUGAGAGUGUGCCAAGAGAAGCUCAAUCAACUUGAUAACCGAUGUCUCUCAGUUUUGGCAACUACUUUAUCAGGGCUGGAUAAAGACAAGAACGUGAGCGCUCUUCAAGCUGGAUUACAAUUACUAGUGGAGCAGCGCAUUCCAGGUAUCAGAGACAUCUUCAUACUGCAAAACCUCAUGAAAUGCAUAGGAAAAGAUGCUCCACUCUUUCUGAAAAAGAAAUUAGAGAUGGCAGUUUUGAAAGAGAUAGACCAUCUGACUUUCCCGAAUGCUCUACGUGUGGUUUUGGCUCUUGUUGCAAUGAAUUAUUGUUCUGUUCCAAUCCUGAAUGCCUGCAGUAAAAAGAUCCAGGAGAAUAUCCAUGGUACUCCAUUUCGGCAGUUAAUUGUCAUUCUGGAAGCUUGUUACAGUCUCCAGUACCGCAACGUAAAACUGUUCUCGGCAUUAGCAGACUAUGUUAAUUCUACUGCCUGCCUUUGGGAGAAAAGACAGAUUAUCCUCUUUCUUUCUGCCUUCGAGACACUUGGCUUUCAGCCUAGUGAGCUGAUGGAUAUUUUUGCCAAGAAGGUGACAGAAGACCCUGAAUUCCUUAACUUGAAAAACCUUUUGAUUGUUCUCCGAGUGUAUUCACGACUCAACUAUGUUCCCAAAGACCAGAAGCACCUGUUUUUUGAGACUCUUCAUAGCUGCUUGAAUAAGUACCUCCCUCAGAUUCCCAACACAGAACUUUUGAGGGCAGUGUAUUCACUUUGCAUCUUAGGAUAUCUUCCUCAUCGUGCAAUUGAUGAGCUGCUGCAAAAGGACAGCAGGGAUGAACUGUCAGAUGAUCUUCACGAUGAACAGAAGGAGAUAAUGCUUCAGUGUGUGAAAGCAUGUAUGGAACUUGAUAGCCCUUCCUUCACGAAGCCUGCAUUUGUGCUGACUGAGAGUUUCUCCUCACUAGUAUCUCCUACUCUCAAAAAGGCUCAGGAGGCACUGAUAGAACUUCUGGGAGAUGAGAACAUGUUUCAGCAAAAUGUUCAGCUGCCACAUAAAUAUCAUAUUGAUUUUGAAAUCAGAAUGGAUUCAGACAGAAAGAAAGUGCUCCCAAUAGCUGCAGCAGAUGAUCCUGCUGACUCAAGUGUUCAAAGAUUGGCUUUUCUCUUUGUUCCUCUCUCUGCCUUCUGUGUGGGUACAAUGCACCCCCAAGGGAAGUUGGCAGUGAAGAAGCGGCAUCUAAAUAAACUGGGCUAUCAUGUGAUUCUGGUCCUGAACAAGAAGUUUCAGGAAAUGACAAAUGAAGAUGCGGUUCAGUUUUUGAGAGGAAAGAUUUAUUCAGAAAAUGCUUUAUCUUUUUCGGAAGUGACUGUGCAGGAUAAUAAUUAAAAUAAACUAACAGUUUGGGGUCUCCUGAUCUCUCUUGUGUAAUUAAUGUAAGGAAGAGAUAAGCAGUUUUAUACACAACUGCCUACUCCAAAGUAUUGCAGAUUGAGGAAAGUUUGUAAAGUGAACAACGUCUGCUGAUAGUGGGGGUUUUCUUCUGUGCAGUGGGAGUGGGUUUUCAUUAGUGGAAGGAACUGCUUAAUCCAAAAAGCAUCCUGACAUUUAAUGCUGUUGAAAUUUCUUUAUCUUUUCUUUGCUUCCCCUCACCCAUACCCCAAGUCAAAUUUCUCUCUUGAGCAGGGUCAGGGAAAGGAAGCGACUGCUUCAAGUGCUGUUGGAACCUGGCCUACAAAUACGCAUCAGCAGGAUUUCCCCCACCAUUCCCUGUGUUCUUUGUACAGAACUAUAGGUGGUAAAGCAGUAACUCAGGAACUCAGCCUAAGGUGUAUAUUAAAAAAAUCCAAAGUUAUAGGAAAAGUUUCUGAAGAAAUCAGUCUUGUCCAGUUUCCAAAGUUCAGGCCAAUAAUGGUUGUAUGCUUUGGCUUUUGAACAUUUUGUUUCACUGCUACUGUAAUAGAUUUUGAGACUUCUUGCUACAAGAACACAGGUCUGCCAUGUGUUUAUAAACUGACUCUUGCUCUCUGUUCCUGAUGUUAGUGGCUCCUUAAAGAGGUGUUGCAAUACUCAGAUUUGUUCAUUACAUGCUGUGAUGCAUCUCCGCUGGCUUGUUAUGUAGUGGUGUAAUUGAUUAUGUUGGCAGAGUCCUAGAAGUUCAGAGCAGCUUUGGCCUUUGAGCUGAAGGAGCAGAAAGAACUGGUACAUCUUUAACGUUCAUGGUACCAUUUAGAGGUAAAAUCCAUUUGUUGUGCUGCAGUUGCUGAAGUACUGAGUAAGAGCAUUGGAAUGUUCAAAAUACAUUUGCCAGCAACCGCUUGCUUGUUUCUGCGGUGUAAUCAGAUCUUCAGCGACAGUUUUGCUGUACCAUAGCCACAGCCCAACCGGGAUGAAGGGACACACUGAUACUUUCUACAGUGACUGCGUGCUACCUAACGGGGGUGCCCUUGCUUCACUUCGUAAGCUACAAGCACUAUGUUCUUUGUCUUUCUGAAGUAGCGUGGUCGCAUGGUUAAGGUAUUACA